AUGAUGAAUGGCUCUUCUGGACCGUUUGUAGAGGGCGCAUAUGGAUUGGCGCCCCAGGCGCAAGCCCAAGCAAACGCAGCAGCUGGAAAUCGUGUAAGGGUGAGUUAGAAAUUUAUUUCGAGUCAUAUCUUUUUGACUUUUAUAUUAUUUGACUGCAUUUUUGAACUCAUUUCGAGACUAUAGUAUUGAUUCAGGUCGAAGACGCCUUGUCCUACCUGGACCAAGUGAAAAACCAAUUUUCGGAAGAGCCGGCUGUUUACACGCAGUUUUUAGAUAUUAUGAAAGACUUUAAGUCUCAAACGUACGUAUUUUAAUGAUUUUGAAGAUAAUCGAGUGUUUGGAUUUCAGUAUUGAUACUCCUGGAGUGAUUUCUCGCGUCAGUCACCUUUUCCACGGUCGACCGGCGCUUAUUAUGGGCUUCAACACGUUUUUGCCGCCCGGGUUCGAAGUCCGGCUUGAAGGAGAACGGAUCAUCAUCAUCAAACCGACGGGGAACGCCGAGGUGGUCCUGCACAGACUUUUUCAAUUUUGCUGAUUCUGUUUUUUCUUUUUUUUUCUUCGUUCUUUGUUCUGAUAUUUCCAUGACUUUCGUCUUUUACUUGCAAAUCUUGAAUGACCAUAAUUUUUCAGGAAAUCGUUCCAAACGACGGCCACAUUUACCCCGUCGACAAUGGAUUAUACGAGGAAGAAGGGGAAGACGAAGAAGAAGAAGAAGUCGAAGAAAUGGGAGAAGAAGCCGAGGAAGUGGAGGAAGAAGACGUCGGCGAGGAGGGCGUUGAACAAGAAGACGAGGAAGAAUACGAAGAAGACGAGCAGAUGGAAGAGGAGCCGCAGUUCAUUCCCAUCCAGGAGGUUUCCGUUUAGUGAAUUAUAUUCAGAUCAGAGUCCAGAUAUACUAUUUUUUAUGAAUUUUUUCUUAAAAUUCAAAACCAAAGGUUUUUCCUGCGAUUCUGAUGAAUCUUACUACGUUAUUUUAAAAAUUCAGUAACUUUUCCAGGUUUCUCUAUUGCUCUUUUUUUCAGCUAUGAAACAAUAAUGAAUACUAAACAAAAUAAGAAAACCGCGAAAUUGAAAAUAGUCAUCAGAAGAAGCAAGAAAGGAAAGAAAGAAAAAAAUAACUGAAUUUUUAGAGUCGAAAAAAAUUUGGAAAAGAAAACUAAUUUGAACACGGCAUCAAAAAAACAAUGAAAAUUUCACUAAUAAUUCUCUUAUUCAUCCCUAAAUGUUUCAGGCCGAAACUUUCUUUGAAAACAGAGUUUUUUGUAAAUAUUAACUUUUCUGUACAUGAAAAUCGGCAGAGGCAAAAAAAAAAUAUGAAAAUUGUAAAAAUAAACAAAAUUUUUUUUUGAAAUUACUUACAAGGGAGGUCGUUUCACUUUGCGGUUGGGAAUUUUUGAAGAAUCAGCCAGAACACUUUUUGAUGUACCAGAAAAAUAUUCUGAAAGUUUCACCCUGCCCAACUCUCGGGUUUUGAAAAAUGAGGGAUCAAAGCCCCAAAUUGGCCUUUUUUAAUGAGGGAUUUCUUCGACUUCGAGGUUUUCUUCCUUAAAAACUAGGAGUUAGGGCAGGUUGAGACUUUCAGAAUCUUUUUCUGGUACCUCAAGGAGUAUCCAGGCCAAUUUUCAGGAAAAUCCCAACCACCAAGUUUAAUGAUCUCCCUUUUAAGCCUUUUUGAGAAAAACCUACAUAGUUCAACAUUUCCUCUAUUGAUCUUGACAACAGGCCAAAAGAAGUGAAAAAUGAAACUAUCAAAAUUUGCAAAAAAUAUAACCGCUUUAAGACUUUGAGCCUUUUUUAUUUCCAAAACUAGAAGUUUUUGGAAAAUCUAGACUUCAAGAGAAUUUUUUUCUGGUCAAUUAAAAAAAAUCUUAGCCGCGCAUUAAAUUAAAAAAAAUCAUUAAAUAACUAAAAUUUAGUUCUUUUUGAGAAUAUUCCAAGUUUUUAGAAUUUCAAAAAUAAUUUAUAGUAUGCAAGUAGAUAAUUAUAUUUAGAUUGAACAAAAUUUCUUAAUUCUCCGUCCAUUUUUUUCUGGAUUUUUGGUCAUAAAGAGUCAUUUCUUGGAAUGAAACCGAAUUGCUUUGAAAAAAAAUAUUUAAAAAGAAAAACGGAAAAUUGACGUUUUUUUCAAGAGCUCAACGUGCACGAUAAUUCUAUUAAUCUUUUAUUCAUUAAUACAUAAAAAAAGAAUCAAGAAACAAAUUGGAACGAAUUUAGAAGGAAAUAGUGCGAGAAAGUAGACGUUUUUUUGACCUCUACAGUAUUCUUAUUUGCCUUUGACCGACUAGUGAUUGGAACUUGGAGGAUUUAGGUCAGAUUAAUACACUGGCGAUAAGAAAAAAAAAAUAUCUCGUAAAAUAUCCAAUUUUUCCUGUUUCGUUUGCCUUUUUCAUUCGGUUUCUGGCGUUUCAACGAAGUUUCCCUUUUCUGUGGCUCUCAAAUUCAAAACUUGUUUUCGUCAUGUUUAAAUGUUCCUCAGGCGUUUUUUGUAAUUUACAUUUUCGGUUAAUAAUUCGCUUUUUGUGCACUAGAUAAUACUCUAAAAGUUUACUUUUUUUAAUUCCCACUUCUUCAGAGAAAACCCUCAAAUAUACCGUUUAUUCCUGUUUCAUUCGUUUUUUUUUUAACGGUUUCUAAAAUUGCUGCAUUUUGGUUUUCCUAACGAAUCGGCCUUUUAUUGUAGUCUAAAAAAAUUGCAAUUCAAACUGAAAAAAAUUUGAAAGGAAAUCGUUUUUUUAUUCUAAAAUUUGAAGCGCGGUGGGGCACACUUUGAGGCUUCUUUGAGACGGAAUUCUCAUUCAUGCGCCUUUAAUAAGACAUUUUUUUGAUAGCUGUUUUUUUCGAAAUGAAUCUUUCCUGUCUGAUUUUUGCUUUUUUUACUGGUUUUCUCAUUUUUUUGUAACAAUAUCAAAAAAAUCAUUUUCAUUCCGGAAUUUUUUUAGUAAUAGGAACUCAAAUAGAAUUUAGAGAAUGUAUUCAAUUAUUUUUUUCUUUGUCAUUCUGUGUAAUAGACCUUCGAGAAAAACGGGAAAUGUUUCAUUUCGAUUAUUUUUCUAAGCUUCUUUUUUUGAAAAAAAUAGUGUUAUUAUAAAUUUUUGAAAAAAAUUUUUUUCGGCGUUUGUUAAAAAAAAUUGUUUUGAAGUUUUUUUGAAGAUUUUUUUAAAGAAUUAUUAAUUAAUUAACCUCAUUAAUUUUUCAGUUUCACGGCCACGCGUUGGGACGUCCUUACUGGGUCGCUAUGACGUUUCUUGAAAAAGUCAAGGUUUUAUAUUCACAUAUUUAAUUUCAAAAAAAUAAUUUAAUUUAAAUUUAGCUCCGUUUGAUCGAUCGUCCGCUUAUCUUUGAGCAAAUCAUCGAUCUUCUCCAUUGUUAUCAUAAACCUGAGGUAUUUUGAAUUAUGAGAAAUCUUUUGUAAAGAUGAGAAAAAUUUUUUUAGAACGUUAAAAAGUUCUAUGGUUCGUCCGCAAUGAGAGGGUUACAUGGCGAAGACAGUUCAGGGUGAGUUUCUUCGAAAAUAAAAUAAAAAAAUUCAAGGAUUGGAGUAAAUUAAUAUCGAAACGAUACCUACAAAGGAAGUACAAAAAUCUCAGAAAUGAAUUUUCUACAGAAAUUACAAGUUUUAAGACGUUUUUCUCGGCUAGAAGAAAUAAGACUUCUUAAAAAACAUGGCAUCAGGGGAGUUUAAAAUACGCCUCAGAUGCAUUUCAUCGAAUAAAUUGUCAUACCGUGGUAAACUCUUCCCCGUUUUGAUGCCGACUUAAAUUGGAUUUUCUUCUAGAAAGUAGAGAGUUUUGUAGAGUUCCAAGAAGAUUAUGAUGAUCUUUAGAGAGGAACCCUCAAAGGUCUCUAAGGUCGCCCCUAUAGGGACCGCUUUGGAGUUUCUAAAGGUCAAAUUAUCAAGGAACCAUUUUCUCUUGAUUUUUCUACAUUCUUCCUCAUUUUCAACUUGGGUUUUCGAGUCUCCCCGGGACGCCUGCUUCAUAUCGCGGGCCGAACUGGGGCGACAGCUCUGCCUAUUCCCCGUGUCUAAGUCUAGACUGAUUUCAACGAUCUCAUUGCGUUGGAAAGAUAAAGUGCAUCCCUUUUUCAGGCCGGACGAAUACGAAGAAGAGGAAAACUUGGCGCCGAGAGGAACUCUGCCGUCGGCCCCGGCGAGCAAGUUGCUCCUCAAGGAGUUCAUCAAGAAGACGGCGACGAAACUGCUCGCCGACGAGCCGGAUCUCCUCGCCGAGUUGCUGGCCUAUCUCCCGGACUUCUGGACCGUCGAUGCCAGGGAACUCCCCAAGGAGCACUUCCAACAGGCUUGAAACACCAUCGUGUCAAGAAGAAACCUUGAUUCAUUCCAGUUCGAUGUGGAGGUCUCCGAGGAGAGCAGCGAGUAUUCCGACGAGGAGGAGCCCGAACGCGACUCCAAGAAGAAAUAUGUCCGUUUUUCUCGAUAAAAAGUGGUCUCGGCAAAUGCGCUACAUUGAUAAUAAUAUUCUAAUGCCGUGUUCAAAAUAAUUUCCGCGAAAUGCAAAAUGAUCUCUGACUCUCCAAAAUUUAGUUAGCUUUUCCUUUCUCUAACGGGUAUUUUGCAUUUCGCGAAAUCACUUUGAACACGGCAUAAUAGUUGGCGCCAUUACAACACGUUUAGUUCCAAUAACCUUUAAAGAGAAUUAGAAUUGAUUAAAUUAUACUUUAGAAUCGGAAAAAUCAUUUAAAACGGAACUAAAAUUGAGAUAUGUUGUAAUCUGACCUGGUGAGUAAUUUUUCCGUUUUUUUUUUCUGGCCAAAAAUGACCUUUGCAAUUGCAAUAAUAAUAUUCCAAUUUGGCGCGAUUAUAACAUGUUUUGGCUUUUAAAAAGCCUCCGCAAUAGAUAAAUUCGCGUUUUAAUUCCAAAAAAAACCUUGAAAAGAGAAAUAGAGAUAAAUUCACGUUGUAGAAUCGAAAAAAAUCAUUAAAAAUGGAUUGGAAAUCGAUAAAAUAACGUUCCAGUUUCGAAAAAAAUUCUUUAAACAAAACUAUAAUUAAAUAAUGUCCGAAAGAUAUAUAUCCAACUGAGAUAUUUCAGCGAUUUUUCCUUAUUUUUCAUCGAUCAAUCAAAUUUUCAAAGGCCAAUUAAUAUUAGGAUUAGAGAAAAAAAUAUUAAAAAAAGAAAAAAAUUGAAUUCUUAGAGAUUUAAUUGCGUAGGAUUUUUUUGAAUCUCUUCAGUUUGAAAAAAAGAAAGAAAAAUUUUUUUCCAGAUCAACAUUUUGCUGAUAAAAUUGGUGUCUGAUCGAAUUGAAAAAAAUAGUGAUUUUAUUAUCAGAAUGAGUUUUUUUCCGUUCUUGAACUCCUCAUAGAUACGUUUCAAAAUGGAAUACUUGUAGAAAUGAAAAAAAUCGAUUUAAUUUAGUGAAACGCUGGUUCGAUAACGAAUAUAUAUUUGAAACUUUUCUAGAACCAAAUUCAUUGACGCCUUUGAAGAAGUUAGCGCGAAAUUCGAAAUCUCCUUGACUCUCAAAUAUUUAGUUAUUUUUUUCUUUCUGCCGGCUAUUUUGAAUUUCGUGGAAUCACUUGGAACACGAAAUAAAAUUAAAAGGAAUUUUUUCUGAGAAGGCAAUUUUUUUGAGCAAUGGACUAGAUUAUUCUAUUUUGAUUUUAUAAAAAUUGCGAAACGGAAAUAUAAUUUCGAGUUUUGAAUCGGAGUUUUUCGGUUUCGAAAAUUCUUUUUCAAAUAGUUAUUUGUAGUUUUUCGAAGAUGAUUUGAACAUUAUCAUAUUCAUUAUUUUCUAAAUUCAUGGAUUUUUUUUUUGAAAUGGUUUUUUCCAGCAAAAAGAAGCCCAGAUCCGGCAGAACCAGAUCGAUCGGAAAAGAAAACGUGACCAGGUUUUUUUUUACUGAAUUUUUUGUGAAAAAUAAAUGAGUUUUCAGGUGGAAGAUAGGAUCCAGGCGGGUGUACCCGAAUGGCCCGUUUCUGCCGCCCAAGAAGAAAAUUUUCUGGGCGGCUUGAGUGAAGAGGAGCUGCAGUUCUACAAUGGGGUACGCGAUUUUUCCUUCAAAACUGAUUUUGGGAAAAUAAUUAUUAAGUUUUGUUUCUCAUUGCUGUGUCAGAAGCAGGGCAAAAAGGGAUUAUUAUCGAGAAAAUUCACUCUUGCAUUUUUUUUUCGAUUUGGGAAAAAAAACGUGAUAUUCACUUUGAAAGUUUGUACUAAAGGGAAGGGAGGAAUCAGCCAGAAUUUUUUUCAUGUAUUCAAAAUUGAAUUUAAAAUUUAUCGGAGUUGUUCGAAAGUUUCGCUGAUAGUGGAAGAAAACUGUAUUCGGUUAUUUUUUUCAAAUGCUUGAACCUGGAAUUUUCAUUUUUUUAUACAAGAUCUGAACUGAAAAAAAUUUUUCAAAAAAAAUUUUUUUGCUUAAAUUUUGUUAUAAGUAACUUUGGAUUUUUCGAACCUUUUUCUGGUAAUUGAAAAAAAUGAAAAUUUUUACAGGUGAAGUUUCAAUUUCUAGAAUCAUGAGAAUUAUCGAAUUUGGACUUUCAAGAAGAAAAAUUGAAUUAUUUUUGGUUUACAAAUCAUACCAUUCAUUUUUUUUAACAUGCCUUAAUCCACCUUAGUUAAUCCAACUAGUGGUGUUUCUCCCUCCCUGCAACAUCACCAUACCAUCCCGAUGUUGCGAGAAUAAAUUGAUUGAAUUGAAAUGCGAAAAUCGAUUGAUUUUCAUCUUGCAGAUCCGGGGAAUUCUCUCGCCUCACGAUUUUCGCAACUUUCUGCGGACAAUCAACUUGUUCACCUCCAAUAUCAUUUCGAGAGCCGAACUCUCCGCCGUUUUGAGAGAUACUUUUAGUGAGUUUUCGAAAAAAAAAUUUGACCUUGGAAGAUUGAAAAAAUCGAGAUGAUAGGAUAGAUGAGGAGUUUUUUUAGAAAAUCGUCUUGAACUUGAUCAUUUUUUUAAAAAGGGGUUUUUAGUAUAGUUUCUAUAAACAGUUUGGAGUUUAAAUUUCAAACAGCAAGCUCCGCCCCCAACUCUGUGGAUGGCUCGCUCUCUGAUUAUUUUGACCUACGCGUAGGGGGCGGAGUUUGAGCGAUGAUUUGACGUUCAAAGCCUGAACAGACUAUAAGAGUCCUUUGACUUUCGAUAAAAAGAGUCCGGUCCUCAGCAAUAUUUUGUUGCAGACGGCGCCUCGCAAGAAGUCUUCGAGAAGAUCGAGGCGAUCCUGGCGAGCAACGACGAGGACGACGACGACAACGAAAGCGACGACGAGGCCCACGAGCCCGUCGACGUCGACCCCACGCACGCCCGAUACACCUUGUCGCGGAUCGAGGGCGACACGUUCAUUCGCGAGAUGGAGAACCGACCCGCGACCUGUCUCGGCGUCAGCUACAAGUUUGUAAUGAAGCUGGAGAACUCCUUCAGUAUUUUCCCUUUUAUUCGGUCUUCCAAGAAGAUUCUCUGCUGAAUCAUGGGAUUUUUGUGCGAAACUGUCGUUGAUCAAAAACGUAGAACUUAUUCUGAUAGUACGAGGCGAAAUAGAGGUUUCCGACGAUCGGUUGCUUCGAAAACGAUAAUCUUGAUGAAAGCUCUAUCUGAUUCAAUUCGAAAUUAAACGGUUGUACUUAAAAAGAUUCGGUUCAAACAAAUGGAACCAGAGAAACUGAAAACUUGCAAAAGUUCAUAACUUUUUGUUCAGGAAACGCGAAAAUAAAGGCCCAAUCAAGUGCUCGGGACAAACGCCGCUCUGCAAUGAGGUUUAUUGAGAGAUCGGUUCAAAAAAAGAGAAAUUCAGAAGAAAAAUGAAUCGAAUUUAAGAAAUUUUUUUCGAAAAAAAUCGAAGCUUUUUGGAGUUUUGAUCAUUAAAAAAAUUCAACGGGAAAAAAAUUUAUCAGGUUAUUCUAAAUACUUUGUUUCGUUUAAAGGGGAAAAUGGACUAUCAAAAUUCGAAAAAAAUUUUUAAGUAAGCGACUAUUUUUUUAUAAAUCGAUAUUUUUGAUAAAAAAAUUUCAACGGUUCAACCAAUAUUUACAGGUGCUCAACAGUACCUGGGCUUCCUGUCCUUCUUGGUCAACGGAAGAAAACGGAGCCGGAACCGAAAGAGCCAAGAAAUCCAACUACGAGGAGGCCUUAUUCCGGUCUGAAGACGACAAAUUUGAGGUUCUCCUCACUUUUCAAAAAUAAAAAUUCGUCUUUAACUUUCUAGGUCGAUAUGCUGAUCGAAAGCACGAAAUACGCGAUCGACUCUUUGGAACUCCUUCAGCGGAAAAUCAACAAUUUGGAACCCCAUGAAAAAGCUUCAUUUAGGUGAAUUUUGGGUAUUUUCAGUCUAGUUUCGAAUCUUCGAAAAUUAGAGAGCAUUUGAAAAUAAGGGCUUGGUUUUUUUUUUCUCUGAACGCUCUCUUGUUUUUCAGCGCUCUCUAGCUUUGAAGAUUCAGAAAGUGAUAAAGAAACAAUAUUCGAACGGGAUAGGAACAGAAAAAAGAGUAAAUAUUCAAAAACUAGAGAGCGUUGAAAAAUAAGAGGGUGGGCGUUUUCACUCUCACUUAACGCCCUCUUGUUUACCAGUGCUCUCUAGCUUUGGAGAUUCGGGAUUUUUUCUGAGAAAGGCGAUUUUAAAAGUAAAAAAAAGCAGAAGAAUCUAGCGAUUUUUUUGCUUUUUGUUUUUUAGCCAGUGCUCUCAGUUUUUGCACUUGAACUUCCUGGGAAAUAGUGCCUAUUGCGAAUCCAAAAAAGAUAAAAAGCCCUUCAUAAGUUGAAAUUGUCAUGUCGAAAACUCAAGAGAAAAGAAAACCCAUAAAUUUUCAAGACUCGACGAAAAACUCGGAGCAACUUCUGGCGCCUUGAUGCGCCGCGCUCUACGGAUGCUCUAUGGAGAAAGAUCGGCCGGAAUCGUUCAAACUCUCCAAGAAACGCCGAUUACUGUGGUUCCUACGGUAUUCCGAACCAAAAGCUUCAAAAUGGUUGUAUUCGAAUUUUCAGUUGGUUGAACGGUUCCGCGAGAAGGAAAAGGACCUCCGCGAGGCGCAGUAUCUCAUUGCGAAGUUUGUCAAGUUUUUAUUAAAAAUGAAGCGAUAUGAGGAAAACACGACAAAAAUUUCCAAAAAAGGACAACUAAAUUUUUUUUUGAAGUUCAUGAGUAAAAAUUCGUGUGAAAAAUUUGUUUGAAUUCCUUUCAACGCGAUUUUUUCUGAACUUUCCCUUGAAAAAAUCUACCUGAUUUUUUAAUUUUUAGGAAAGGUUCCUUCAGAAAUUAGUUAUCCUGGAAAAUAAGACUGAAAAGCGAGAUUUUAAGGAUCUUUUUCUUCUUGGUUUUUGAAAAAAAAAAACCCUUUUUUCUUUUUUAAAUCCUUCAAGAUUUUCUUGGACCUUGUCCUCGAAAUGUUGAGCAGCUCUGCUAUGAAAAAAACUCUAGUGGCCGCUUGAGAGACUAUUUGGAGAGGACACUAGAGUGUCCGCUAAAAACCACCUCUAUAGAAGCCACUAUUGCGUUUUAGUGGUCACUAUAGUAGUUUUUAGUGGUUUGGUAGUACCACUGGUUAGGCUUCUAAAAAGGUUACUAAUUUUUAGACACCCAAUUGGCCACUAAUUCGACUACUAUAGUAAACAUUAAAAGGUCAAAUACAUUAUGUAAGUACAAAAAUUUCGCCAUUUAUUACAUUUUCGAAGCAGGGAGUUAUGUUUCCAACCUUUCAAAUCUCAACUUCUAAUCACAAGAGGCUCUUCGCGAAGAAAUAUUUUGAUUUGCAGAGGUUGGCGCGAGACGAUGGAGAAGCAGAUGGCAAGAGCGAUGGACCAUCAGACGGCGACUGUCCGGGCGGCCGACGCCCGGAUCCUCAAGUACAAGGGCGUCAUCAGCCAGGUCGAGACCCUCUUCGACGUCCGACAGCAAUUGUGAGACUUUUGUUGGAUUUUAUAUAGCUGAUUCACGGCUGACUUGAGCCAUUAAAAAAGGGUCCUGCCCACGAAAAUGCACGAGAGAGCGCCUGGCUUGUGGAGAGCGCAGACAGGCCACGCCAUUUUAGCGUCCCAAGCUAGCCUUGAAGUAGCUAUAAAAGCGGUGUAAAAAUCAAAUCUUCGGACCUUCGAGAGAAAAGAGCAUUGGUAAACAGGAGAGCUCAGAGUGAGAAAAAACCGCCGCCCUCUUAUUUUGAAAGAUCUCUCACUUCGAGGAUUAGGAUUUUUUUUUCUCUGUCAUUUCGGAACCUUACAAAGCCAGAAGCAUUGUCAAACGAGAGCGUGUAAAGAAAAAAGUGCUCUCUCACCUUCGAACACUCUCUCACUUUUGAAUAUUCAGACUUGGAACUGAUGAACAAAAGAGCGUAUAGAGAAUAUUUUGAUAACUUCAAUGCAAGAAUUUAGUUACUUCUCCUUAUUUAAAAAAAAAUUGCGCUUUUGUCUUUGUAUUCACUUCAGUACGGAGAUUUGAGGUUUCUCCCUCGAAAAACUAAAGGGAAACAGUCUGACCUGUCUGCGGCCUCUUCUCUCUCAUUGCCGAUGUAAUAGAAAUAUUUAAAAAAUGUGAAGAAGAGAGCGCAGAAAAAUCAGACUUUUUGGAGUCGUUUUAAGUGGACCGUAGAAUUUUAUUCACCUUGCAAAAAUUAUAAAGUUAUGGUAGAUCUUCUCAAACCUUACCGUAACGUUUGUUUUUUUUAAUGAAAAUUUUAGUUAGAUUUCAUUGAAUCUUUAAGUUAGCGAUGAUCAAUAAUUUUUGGUGUUCAAUCUUUGAAAUCUCAAGUUUUGGAUCUAGUAGGGUGUUGAACCUUCGAAUUGUGAAUAAAUGGAAGUUUUCCAGGCCUUCGACUGAAGACCGCGGUCCUCAUUUGAUCCUGACCUAUCCGCACAACCUCCAAAUCCUCAGAGACUGUAACGAUUUGGUCCUCCAUGCGCUCCGGAAGCAGACCAACAUCACCAAGGAAGAGAAACGCAAGAUGAAGAUCAUUUUGAAAAGGUAAAAUGGAAGACAGUGGAAAAAAGAAUAGAGUACCUAGCUUUGAACAAAAAAGCAAUAACUAUAGGAAACAACUUUUUGAAAAUUUUUAAAAAUGAUCAAUAUCAAUUUAAAAAAAGGUCCUUUUUCCACCGGCGCAACAUUGCCAUACUGUCGCGAGGAUGCGAAAAAAAUUAAAUAAUGAAAAAAAAUAAACGUUUUUAAAGGCUAUAAAACCAUUAAAAGAGCAAAAAAACGAUCUUUAAAUUUUGAAGGAUAUCCAGAAGGCAAAUUUUGAUAAUAAAAAAACUACGAAAUUUCAUAAAUAAAUGAUAUUUUUUUCAUUUUUUUUUCAAAAAAAGGUCAAAAAAAUUUUUUUGAUUUUUUUCAUUAUCCUUAUCAGUCCAAUUCCUAACUUUCUAUUAGUUUACUUCUGAAUUUUUUUAAUUCGAAAAAAAUUCUAUGUUUUUUUAUUUUUUUAUCUCACGGGAAAUGUAGAUUUUUUUGAGCUAUACUAAAAUAUUCUACUUGAGCUGAUGAAAUUUCGUGAAUUUUAUAUUCAGGAAGAAUAAUUCGAAACUAUGGAUUUAUAAAAUUCGGAAUCUUAGUGAAUGAAUGUUAAUAAAAUAGGUACUGAAGUGGAAAAUUUUGAAGGAUUGUUAUGGAAUGGUUCCUGUUGCCACUGGAGGAGGUGAAUGACGACGAUGACGACGGACAGGAACUUCUGGAGUACGACAGGAAGAGAAUGCGCGCCGCGAUCGACGAGACUGCCUCGAAAAGGUGGGUUUUUUGAAGUGUAUUGGUACAGAUUGUCAUAAAAAGCGGAAUAUUCGGAAUUUUGAAAAUCAAAUGCAUUUGUUGAAACAAGUAAAAUAGAAAAAUGAAAUCCUGAGGACCCUCAGAAGAAGCUGAAAAGGUUCCGCUUGAAGCUCCAAAAAUGAUCGGAAAAAUUCUUCUUAGCUCCUUUUUUAUAGCCUCAGUGGGUCAUUUUUGAAUCCCCUGGGAUCAUUUUUUAUCCAGCAUCGUUUCAAUCGAGGGGUAGAAGCAAAUGCGAAAUAAAAAUAUCGACUGGGGACCCUUAGAAGAUCUUUUUUUGAAAAGAGCCAUUUUAGGAGAUUUCCCGUCUUUCCUCUGAGAAGGAAGGUCAUUUUACUCGGACUUAAGAAUUUCCGUUGACUUAGCUAGUAUACAUUUUAGUGUAACAGAUAAAAAUCCAAAAACCCUGUAAAAGUUCCUAGUUUUCGAGAAAUAAGGGCUCCAACUCAAAGAAAAUCGCAAUAUCCGCUAAAAUUGCCUUCUUUGGUUCUUUGAGCUCUGAUUUUUUUUUAAAUUAUGGAGUUUUUUCCGGUUGAAACUUCAAGGUCCUUCAUUUGGGACGUCUGGGAACAUUUUGGCAUAUUUUAAGAAAAAUUUUAAGAGUCAAGUGAAAUUACCUUCCUUGUGAGAAUUUCCCCGUUAUUUUUAAAUGUAAAUCCAAUUUAUUUUUGAGAAUUAUUAGAAUAAUUUUCCCAUUAAUUUUCAGUAAAAAACUUUUUUUGUCUUCAAGAUAAAGGCCGAUUCGUUUCUGAGGAUGAAAGAUAAAAUUACCGUUUUUUAAGAAUGAAUUUUUUAAGUAAAGAAGUAUGUCUAACCCUUAUUUUUGAAGUAUCAGCGAGAAGGAGCUGCUGGAGCAGUACUGUGAGGCCGAGGAGCCCGAAGAAGGCACCUCGACGCCAAGUUUCACCAAAAAGACGCGAUAUCGCCUCUUUUACGGCGGCGACGAGCUCUUCCUCUUCAUGCGACUUCAUCAUUCCAUCUGUCAUAAACUUGCCCAAUUUCACAAGGCCCAUGAGAGGAUUGUCAUGGAAUAUAGGGUUCGUAUUUGUCACCAAAAAAGAUGAAAAUAAUUGUUUUCUCUGGUUUUUCCGUCUCAAAAAGAGUUAGCCGAAAUUUGAAAAUGUCUGAUUUCUCUUCUUUUUUUCGUGCGUCUUCCACGUUUUAUGACCUUGCUGGCGAGAAAAAAGAGCGCAGACUGGUUAGAUUUUUUUUUAAGCGUGUAAAGUUGAUAACGAGAUCUUGGUUCAAAAAAAUGAUGAAUUUUGCAGAAUAGAAGCUAGAGAUCGUAAUCGAAAUUAUCAGCAAGAAAAAAAAGUAAAAAAAAAUUUUUUCAUUUUUUUCGGUUCCAAAAAAAUUGUUCAUUUCUGCGAAAAUCGUGAAAAAAAUUGAAAAAAAUAGUUAGAUAUUCAAAAUCAGAUGAUUUUUCUUGCUUUUUUUCCUAGCCUCUCAAGCGACAUUAAAAUUAGUUAGUGUCUGGUUUCUCUGCGCUCUCUUCUUUUUGCGUGCGACUUUCACGUUUUUAUGACUUCGCUGGCGAGGGAAAAGAGAGCGCAGACUGGUUAUAUAUUUUUCCGAUCGUGGAAAGUUGAUAACAACUUUUUCUUGUUUCGAAAAAAUGAUAAAUUUUUCAUAGUUUCCUCAUAUCAUUUUUAGGAACAAGUUGCCCUGAAAGCGGAGCUGGAAAAGACAAAUGAAACUAUCACGCAGCACUGGGUUUUCGAGAGGAAUCUUCCCGAUUUGGAAAGCUCCAUCAAAACGAUUCGGGUCGGUUUUUGGGACAGUAGAAAUGAAAAAUAAUUCAGGGAAACUUCCCAUAUUUAAAACAUGCAGUUUUGUCAGAAAAUAUAAGUAAAAACGCUUUUUUGGUCACAACUCGCUCACUUGUAUGGAGUUUGAUCUUUCUCGAACUUUCUGGAGUUGUGAGGAUUGUUAUUUGUAACGCUCUGGUAAAACUUUAGUUCCCAGGAAAACAAGUCGCAGUUCUAUAGUUCUCUCUAUACGAGGAAUUUUUGAUAACAAAUUUUUUGGAUCUUUUUCAACUAUACUGUAUGUUUCCAGGCUCAAAAAGAAAGGUUUUUUUUCCCGAUAAUUUAUUUCAAAAGCUAUAUAAUCGAUAUUUUUUUAUCUUUUUUUCAGUCUAUAAUAUGUUGAUUUCAGAACGUGAAAAGGUCUCCCGAGGAUUCUUAUACCGAUUCGAUUGCAAUUAUAAAAAGUUUCCUCGACCAACAAAUCGAUACGAAUACGUAUGAAGAAAAUUUGAGGUAUGAUUUUUCCUUUUUUUCUUUUGUUUAUUAAUUUUGUAAAAAUUAAUCUUUCUUUCCCGAUUUUUAAAGGUAUCCAACAGCUUUUUCGUAAUGAAAAAAAGGCAGAAAAUUUUUGUGUUACAUUUUUUUAAGGCUUUUUUUCCAACUUAAAAUCAAAAAAAUCGUAGAAACAGAUUUUUUUGUAUUGGAGUGUACCUAUGAGCGCCAAAGUGGUCCCUAGAGGGUCAUUCUGGGGGAGGGGUCUUACAGGGCCCCUUUAGGGAACACCCUGCCUCCCGCUUCAAGGGCGCUAAUGCAAAUUUGGCCAUUCUAGGGAAGUAUACUCGUGGUCCCUAUCUUUUUUUUUCUCAAAUCAGAAAAAAAAAAAUCAAAAAUUCACUAUAGGGAGCACUUGAGCCACAGCGCUCAGACCUCAGACGUCUAUAAGGGCCACCUAAAUCUUAGACCCUUCAUGACCCUUUUUUCGUCUGGUUACCCCUAUAGGGAUCACUCUAGUGUUCUUAAGUACGUCACGGCUGAACUUGAGCAAAUUUUGGAAAAGUCUUUCGAACAGAAGAAAACGUCAACAUUUGAAGGAUGCAAUUGAGAGCUUAUCUCUUCGAAUAUUCCAUGAUUCCGCAGAUAAUUCGGGUGUUCUAAAUAAAUUCCAAGAAACGGCGAUUCCAGGAUACUUUUCCCGACGGAGGCCUGCCAAAUGUUCUCGAUCGACAAAAUAACGGGGACCCUCAUCCGGCAAUUAUUGAUCUUGGCGACGGACCAAGACGAUUGUCAUUCCAUCAAACUUUAUCUCAACCACCGAUUCAAAACUCCGCCUUCGAUGUUCAGCGAGUCUUCUGAAGUCCAGGGGUUCGUUUUGGAAAUCGUUGAAGAUGUUUCUCGAAAAUAUUAUACAGAACCAUGAGAAAAGAAGAAAUUUUUUGUCUAGAACUUCCUUUGAUGGGGCUCAAUCUUUCUGAAAAAUGUUGUGCUCAUUUUUUCUGCGACUUGAAAUUUGACCAGUGUUACAAAACUCUCUCAAAAUAGAUCUUUUUACUUUAGAAAUAAAAAAAUUACAUCAAAAGAAAAUUUCGAAAUUCAUUAAAAAAAUGAGACAAAUGUUCACUUCCAUUCGGCGAAAAUACACCAAAAAAACGCCAUGAUUGGUUUUACACUUCAAAGAAAUUAUUGAAAAAAACUCCAGAAAUUCUUGGUUUUCGGUUUCUUUUAAAACUCAGUUCUGUUCAGGAUCAUGAAGAUCAUAUUUAACAUUUUUUCGAGACGAACAGCAUUUUUGUUAUUUUUGGUCAGCUCUAUAGGAAUUCGCAUUGAUUUAUUUAUGAGAGGAGUUUAAUAAAUUUGGGUUUUAGCGACUAUAUUCAUUUUCAUUUUUUCUCCUUUAGAACCUCUUUUUCCUAAACAAUAUCUGGGCGACCACAAUUAAGAAAAGAUUUCAAUCACACCUAGAUUUUUCUUUCAUUAAGGAAAUAUUCCAAAUUUCAGGGUCGAAAAGGAUUACGCGGCGAUUUGUGAGGAACGACUUCACGGCCGAAAUUGCUUCCGAAUGUGUGUAACCGAUGAAAAUGACCCGAGACUAGUGAUUGACCUCGUCGAUACAGAGGUGAGAGAAGCAAAAUCGAAAAGAAAUAAAGAAAAAAAAGCAUUUCGAAGACAAAAUAUCCUUUUAAAAAGAUUUAAUGGAAAUUCAAGUAUGUUGGCUAAUUUUCUGUUCUGUCCUAUAAAAUGUAUAGGGUUUUAAGUAGAAUAUAUUUAGACAUCUUCAUUAAAAAAAUUUCGUUUCAAAGAGGAGUGCUUUUUUAAAGUGCUCAAAAAAAUUGUUUUUUAGCUCUUACAAAGUUUAAAUUUUGAUGAAAGUUAUAUAGUAUUCGUUCUCAUUUAAAGAUAUUUCCUGCUUUAAAAAAAUUAGCUUUUGAAAACUGAACCAGGUUAAAUGGAAUUUUUAGGAUCUCGAUUUUGAAAAUAUCAUUUUCAUCGGAUUUUUAGGAUACGGACGGUGAAGGAGAGGCCGACGAAGGUGAUGGAGAUGGAGAAGAAGGAGACGGAGAAGAUGAUGACGACGAGAGAAAUGUAAAGAACAUACAAAAAUCUUCGAAAUUAAUCCGAAAAGUCUCAGAUCUCCGCCGGAAUGUCCGACACGGCCAGUACAACAUCCGAUACGAAGCAAAAUGACGUGAAACAAGAACAAAGUGGUAAGUUUUGAGGAAAAAAAAGUUGAAAAAAAAAAGAAUUUUCAGGCGCGUCAACACCGCGGUCACGGUUUCCAAAGAAACCCAAUUAA